AUGACUUCCUCAGAUCUUCAGAAGCAGGUUGGCCAGCUCUUCGCGGUGGGGUUCCAUGGCUGCACUCCAAGUCCCGAAAUCAAGACUUUGAUCCAUGACUACCACGUUGGCGGGAUUGUUCUCUUCUCGCGCAAUUUUGAGAAUGCAGAGCAGCUUCAGGCUUUGACACUGGCUUUACAGAAUGAAGCCAAACUAGCUGGACAUAAGCGACCGCUGUUGAUCGGAAUCGAUCAAGAGAAUGGACUGGUCACUCGAAUUUCUCCCCCGAUAGCUACUCAGGUACCAGGGCCCAUGGCAUUAGGCGCCACGCAUGACCCCGAGUGCGCAUACAAUGCGGGGAAAGCCACGGGGGAAACUCUCAAAUUCUUCGGGAUCAACAUGAAUUAUGCACCAGUGUGCGAUAUUAACUCGGAACCUCUGAACCCGGUUAUUGGUGUACGCAGCCCGGGCGAUGACCCUGAAUUUGUCGGCCGGUUUGCGAGUGCGGCCGCCCGGGGUCUGCGGGAGCAAAACAUUGUCCCCAGUGUAAAGCAUUUCCCAGGUCAUGGAGACACAGCUGUCGACUCACACUUUGGACUACCUGUCAUUCCUAAAACAAGGGAUGAGCUAGAGCGUUGCGAGUUGAUUCCCUUUAGGCGGGCUGUCGCCGAAGGCAUUGAGACCGUUAUGACUGCCCAUAUAUCCUUGCCCUGUAUCGAUCUCACGCGGCCGGCAACGCUUUCCCCAGAGGUGAUGGGAAUUUUGCGUAAGGACAUGGCAUAUGAUGGUAUGAUCAUCACGGACUGCCUGGAGAUGGAUGGAAUUCGCUCCACCUACGGCACAGAAGAAGGCUCGGUGCUAGCAUUACGCGCUGGUAGCGAUAGCAUCAUGAUCUGUCAUACCUUUGAUGUGCAGGUAGCCUCGAUCAAGAGAGUCUGUGAAGCAGUAAAUUCCGGCACAAUCGAUCAAUCACGACUGGCGGAUGCUUGUCGCCAUGUUACUACAGUGAAGGACAAGUUUUUGAAUUGGGAUGCCGCCCUUCAACAUUCCAAUCUCGCAGACUUGAGCUCGCUCAACAAUAAAAUUGCGGAGACUACCAUGGAUAUAUAUUCUCGGUCAACCACACUUGUCCGCGAUAACAAUGGUGUUCUCCCCCUGUCAAAAAAUUCAAUCAUCAUCUUCCUGUUCCCUGGAGACAAGACCCCGGUCGGUGGUGCUGUUGAUGGCGAAGGAACGGUGAAGCCAGGUGUGUACCAGUCCAACAAGUAUCUUGAUGUCCUGCGGCAGCACAACAAUUCCAUUGCUGAGAUUAGAUAUGGGGCGGCCAACCUGAGCUUUGAGCAAUGGCAAACCCUCGAAGUCGCCGAUGCGGUGAUCUUCGUCUCACUCAAUGCAAGAGAGUCGCCAUACCAGGAGUCGCUAGGCCUAGAACUUGCUCAACGUGUUAAAUCAUUGGUGCAUAUCGCUGCGUGCAACCCCUAUGACUUCCUUGAUGCUCCUAGUGUCAAGACUUACAUUACCACUUACGAGCCGACUAUCGAGGCUUUUUCUGUGGCUGCGGAUAUUAUGUUUGGAGGACUGGUUCCGACAGGCGCUCUUCCCGUGGGAGCGAAUGCUGUAACCAAAACCUCCGCCCUGAUAACGCCAUUUGACGCACAAAGAGAUCUGGAUGAGGUGGUUGAAGUUUGGGCCGCUGCUCUCCCAACCUACCUCGUUCCAACUGAAAGCUUGCGGUCUAUGAUAGUGCUCCCACAUGGUCACCAUUUCAUCGCGCGCAUCGGAUCCCAGCUAGUGGGCUUCUGUCUUGCUUACACAAAUGCCCACGGCACACCAGACACGGUUCAUAUCGCAGUUCUUGCCGUAUCACCGAAGUAUCAACACCAAGGCGUUGGGACUACUCUGCUACAGGAAACAAGAGCAUACUUCCGAACAACCUUUGGCUUCAAUAAUGUGAAGCUGGGCAGCUCAUUCCCCCGAUUCUGGCCGGGGAUUCCUCGGGACCUUCCAGAAACCGUGCAGCAUUUUUUCACUCACCGUGGUUUUCGCCUCAGUCCACCUAGUGCCCGGUCAGUUGACUUAUACCAAGAUAUUCGAAACUUUCAGUCACCAGAGAAAUACAUUACUCGUGCCCGGGAACGAGGCUUCCGCUUCGCGCCAUUAAAGGCCAAAGAUUACGAGGCCUGUCUAGUUGGCCAAAGAAGAAACUUUUCUAAUAAUGGGAGCUGGGUGGAGGCGUAUGUUGCAUUGCAUCCCGACAAGUAUCCAGACAGCGUGAUGACUGCAUUCGAUUCCCAAGGCCAGCAGGUUGGCUGGACAUUAAUGCUCGGUCCAUCAGAUGCUCUGGAUAAGUCUUGGGCCUUCCCCCAAACCUGUGGUCCCAACACAGGGCUGAUCGGUGCUGUGGGAAUUGAUGAGUCCCACCGCCAGCAUGGUAUUGGGUUGGCAUUGAUUUGUCACGCUAUUGAAAAUAUGAAACAACGAGGUUUGGAAGGCGUCUUUGUAGACUGGGUUGCACUUGACGGGUGGUAUGAGCAGGUUGGUUUCCAGACCUGGCGAAGCUACAGACCGGGAGAGCUUUGA